GAACUAGUCUCCGCAUCAGUGAUCAACAGUUUCUUCCAGAAGGCACUGAGCCGCUCAAACGGAGAUGUCACGAAAUAUUCUCAUUGCCUCAGUGCUGGUGGUGGUUUUGUGCGCGUUUGUAGUCUCCGGGGCUCCAAUAAGCAAAUAUGACGAGUCAACCUUGGAUAUGGUGCAUGAGAAAAGAAUUGUUAAACUCAAACGAUUCAAUUUAAGAAAAAUACGCAGCAUGGUUGACCAGAACAGCUCUAUGGACAAAGAUGAAUUUGAAUAUUCAGAUGAAAAUGACGAGGUUGAUGCAUUUCCUCUAGAGCAGGAAAGGUUUAUGGAACAACCGGUCAAACCUUCGACUCCUGCCGCAUCGACCACAACGGAACGAGGAGUUUACACAACCGAAGCAAUUGAUGAUAAAUGUUUGUAUUCGUUAUGCGGAAAAUAAUGUAUUUUCAGCAUAUCCUUUGGAUUUGAGGAUUUUGUAAGGAUAAUAUUUAAUUUAAAUAUAACAUCCAGUCUCUCAAAAA